AUGUAUAUCAGCACGACUCUCCUCCUAGCAACCACAAGCUAUGUAACCAGCGUCUAUGCCGCCGACGUCGGUUCAUCAUCCAAACGAGGUCUCGUCUUCGUCCCCAAUUCCAAAUAUCCCAACGAUAACCAAGUCUGGGUACAGCCUGGUUCCGAUCUCUCAUGGUACUACAACUAUGGCAUUGCCGCCUCACCCGCCUACUCUAAUACCACGCAAGAAGAUUUUGAAUUCGUCCCUAUGCUCUGGGGCACCUCGACUACUUUUCUCACCGACAUGAAAUCGCUCGUAGCAACCGGCCGCAAUGUCACUCACGUUCUUACCUACAACGAACCUGACGGUACUUCCUCAACAGGCGGAUCGGCAAUCUCCCCCUCGGUCGCCGCUGCAAAUUGGAUCAGCCAAGUUGAGCCGCUGCGCGCAUUGGGCAUUAAAACGGGAGCGCCUGCCGUAACGGGUUCUCCGAGGGGAAUUACUUGGUUGAGUAGUUUCUUCAGCGCCUGUGCGGAUGCAGGAACGAAUUGCACGGUGGAUUUCAUCCCGUUGCAUUGGUAUGGGAAUUUUGAGGGGUUGGCGAGUUUUCUUGGGGAGAUACGUGGGACCUACCCUAACACAUCCAUCUGGCUCACCGAAUACGCACUCAACGACCAACCUCUCCCCACCACCCAAGAUUUCUUCAACACCUCUGCAGAAUACUUCGAUCGUCUCUCAUACGUAGAUCGCUACUCGUAUUUCGGAUCCUUCCGAUCCAGCGUCAGUAAUGUGGGAUAUAAUGCGACGAUGCUGGAUCAGGAUGGGCAGCUGACGGAUAUUGGGAGUUGGUAUUUGGGGGGUAAGGCCACGGGGAAUGUGCCGGAGAAGAGUGCCGCGGGGAGAAUGAUGCAGAUGGGUGGAUGGGGGGUGGGUAUUUUGGGGGCGGUUGUGGCGUGGUUGUGGUUGUGA